GCUCGAUCUCUAACAGCGACCGUCAUGCCUCCCGCAGUCAACCGUGCGCUCCCCGCGAAGGAGGCCAAACUCUUCAGGGAGGUGCUCAACUUCUACGAGAAUCGCCAGCUCAAGAAUGGCCUCAAGGCGGCGGACCAGAUCCUCAAAAAGGUCCCCGAGCACGGAGAAACACUCUGCAUGAAGGGUCUCAUUCUGACGCACAUGGGGCGGCGAGAGGAGGGCAUAGAGCUGGUCAAGAAGGGCAUGCGGAUGGACCUAACAUCGCACAUCUGCUGGCACGUCUUCGGUCUGAUCCAGAAGGGAGAGAAAAACUACGAGGAGGCCCUCAAGUCCUAUACCCAGGCACUCCGGUUCGACAAGGAGAACCUGAACAUCUUGAGGGACUCUGCGCAUCUGCAGACACAACUCCGACUCUAUGAUGGUCUUGUGGACACGCGGCAUACUCUUCUUCGGCUUCGGCCCACCCUACGGCAGAAUUGGAUCGGCCUGGCGGUUGCGUACCAUCUGAGCGGCAACCUCUCCGAGGCACGGAAGGUAUUGGAGCAAUACGAGGCGGUCCUCAAGAAUGUUCCAGACUACGACGUAGAGCACUCGGAGGUCCUACUCUACCAUGUCCGUCUCUUGGAAGAAAUGGGCGACACAAGCGAGGCUCUCGCGUUCCUGGACCUCAAUGCAAAAUCCAGAGCAAUCGUCGACAGAGUGGCGAUCAUAGAAUACAGAGCCCGCCUCAUGUCGAAACUCAAGAUGCCCGAGGCUAACAGUACAUGGCGAAACCUCAUCGAACAAAACCCUGAUUCUUAUACAUAUUAUAAGGGUUACCUUCUGAACAACGACGUAGACCUCGAUGCGAUCACUCCCGACACCCGCGACAAAGCGUUGCAGACAUUGCAGGAGUUUGCAGCGGCCAUUCCUCGCGCUGCCGCUCCCAAAAGACUGGCGCUGAACAUCGCUGACGGCGACCAAUUCAAGGAGCUUGCCACAGCGUAUCUCACAGCAGGACUGGAGAAGGGUAUACCAUCUCUGUUCGCGGACGUAAAGGCCUUGUACCGGGACCCCGCAAAGCGACAAGCAAUCCAAGAUAUAGUGGAGGGCAUCCGGGAAGAGCUCGCUGUGACAUCAGAACCGCCCAAAAGCUCCGAACCGACUACAUACCUGUGGACGCUCUACUUCCUCGCACAGCACUACUCAUCGUUUUCUGACCACGCCCGCGCGGUCGAGCUCCUGGAACUGGGUGCCACACACACACCGACACUGCCGGAGCUGUACACCUUCAGAGGCAGGGUGCUGAAGCGCUGCGGAGAUCCGUUCGGUGCAGCGCUCUGCCUGGACGAGGCGCGCGUGUUGGACCUCCAAGAUCGCUUCCUGAACACGAAGUGUGCGAAGUACCGACUGCGCGCGGGGCUCACUGACGAGGCCAGCGAGAUUCUCGGGCUGUUCACCAAGAAAGACGCCUCAAGUCCUGGCGCAGACUUGGAGGACAUGCAGUCCCUCCUCUAUCUCACUGAGGAGGCCGACGCACACCUGCGGAAGGGUAAUCUCGGCUUGGCGUUGAAGAAGUACUCGACUAUCCAAAAGGUUUUCAACGAGUUCGAGGACGACCAGUUCGACUUCCACGGUUACUCACUACGAAGAUUCACCAUCAACAUAUACCUCGACAUGAUCUCAUGGGAGGAUCGGCUGAGAUCGCAUCCCGCGUACAUCCAUACGGCAAUCAAUGCAUCUAAGAUAUGGGUGCAAUUGCACGACGAUCCGUCAAUAGCGAAGUCGAAUUCGCCGGGAGCUGGCUUCAGCGAUACGGAGAAGAAGGCCAAGAAGAAGGCCAAGAAGGCAGCGAAGAAGGUGCAGGAGGAAGUCAAGAAGGCCACGACAACAUCAACUUCGAGUGAAGACAAGGGUUUGGAGCCGCAGGCAGCGAAGGAUGACGACCCGAACGGCGACAAAAUCUUGCAGGCACCAGAUCCUCUUGAGCGGGCUGCCAAGUUAGUAGCGCCGCUACGUACAGUUGCUGCAGACAACAUCGACGCGUGGAUAGUGAUCUACGAUGUAGCUGUUCGGCGCAAAAAGUACCUACAAGCAGUCAAGGCUCUCAACAGCGCGCGUGCCCUUGACGCAGACCACCCAGAGCUGCAUCUUCGUGUAGCGCACUUCAGACAUACACUCUCUUCUGCUACUCAACUAUCACCGGAACCCAUGGCUCCGGUAGUGAAGGAUGCAUUGGCAAACUUGCUUCCGGAUGAGUUGUCUCUGGAACACUUCAACGCACAGUAUUCGCAGAAGCACUCCUCAGACGGCAAGGCGAUACUCGCAUCCGCCAAGGUUUCGCGAUUGCUGAACGCGCCCUUGGACCAAAUCGAAGGCUCAGUCUUUAGCGUAUUCAACCCGGAUGUGUCGCUUGACCUCAAGACCGCUCUCGACACGCUCACGUUCUUGCACGAGAUCAAAUCGUCACGAGUGGAAGAGUUCAAGGCAGCAUGCGACAGCAGGUUCGAGCGGUCCACCGUGUUCAAGUCGCCGACCGAGCAAGCUGCGCUUCGGUGGAAUGCUGCGGAGACAGAAGCCGUCAACGGAGAGGUGGAAAAGCCCGAGGUCAUCGGCUGAUAGUCUGUUGUAUCCUCAUAUGUAUCGUGCUGGCACGACUGCUUCGGCAGUAUAUGUUCCCAAAACAUGCAACGCAGCCCACAAUCGUGCUCGUGGGUGGGCAACUGAUGCGCAUGAUACGUCCACUGAACGGGUGCCGAUUCCACGUUGAUCCAGCCGUGGGGGGCCUUGAUACCGAGUCUUUCGGGGAGGUGGCCAGACGUCAGUUGCGCAACUGUCACAGCGCAUGCUCACACGGCAUAAUUCAGCGACAGCUCGAGGUCUGCCGUCUAUUCCGGCAGCAGUGAUAUGUGUGGUAGCGCAAGGCG